UCACAACAACAGGGGCCGCUUCCUUCCUGCGGCACACAUGUACACAGCGCUGUUUAGAUGAUGAAAGCCUCCAAGAAGAAGGAAUCCACCAAUGCUGGCUCCCUGGACGACAAUCCAGACGCCAGCAGAGAGGAGAAAAGUGAUCUUUGUCCAGGCUUUAAAGACGUAGACGCCUUCGUUAAAUAUGGUUUGGGGUCUGUGUUGUCAGCCACUAAAGCCUCAGCUGGCUUACCUCAAGCAGGAGAUGAAUAUGAUUUCUACCGAAGCUUUCCAGGCUUCCAGGAGUUCUGUGAAAGUCAAGGAGACAAGCUUCUGCACUGCAUGAGCCAGAUAAUGCAGCAUCAUGGCUGCAGAUCUCACAUAAGGGACCGGAACAAGCUCACCGGACUGGAGGAGAGGUUUGACUUGGUCGUGGACUCAAAUGAUGUUAUUCUUGAAAGAGCGGGGAUUCUCCUCGACGAAGCCGACGGGGUAAACAGGAGCCAGAAUCCCGUUAUGCCUGCCGGGUUUCAGCCUCCAAAAAUUGUUGUGUCCAGCUGGAAUCGCAAGGGUUUCAGCUCUGGCAGCCGAUCGGAGACGUUCCGACUCCUUCACGCCAAGAACGUUGCAAGGCCCCAACUGAAAUUCAAGGAGAAAGUUGACAACAGCAAUACACCGUUCGUUCCCAAGAUUUUCAUCAAGCCGAAUGCACUGAAGCCACUUCCGUCAUAUUUCUCAAACAAGCAAAUACGCAAAGAGAGGCCAGAGGACCUCGACGUCCCGGCUGCCUUGGCUGACUUUCUCCACCAGCAGAGAACUCAGGAACAUGUCGAAGACAUGUUUGCGCAUCCAUACCAGUCUGAACUGGACCAUCUCACCUUACCAGAAAGUUUACUGUCCAAGCCGGAGCCUCAGAUGUACAAGCCGAUGGCCGAGACAAAGCUUUCCUUUGUUGACUCACUGGAGGACCUGGUCGCGCUGAAUGAGAAGCUGUGCCAAUUAUCUGAAUUUGCAGUAGAUCUCGAGCACCAUUCCUACCGGAGCUUCCUCGGCAUCACCUGCCUGAUGCAGAUUUCCACCAGAGAAGAGGACUUCAUCAUCGACACUCUGGAGCUCCGCAGCGAAAUGCACAUUCUGAACGAGGCGUUCACUGACCCGACUAUCGUAAAAGUUUUUCACGGUGCUGAUUCUGACAUUGAGUGGCUCCAGAGGGACUUUGGCUUGUAUGUUGUCAACCUUUUUGACACCCAUCAGGCGAGUCGAGCCCUGAACCUGGCCAGACAUUCUCUGGACCAUUUGCUGAAAAACUUCUGCAACGUGAACUCGGACAAACGCUACCAGCUGGCUGACUGGAGGAUUCGCCCCUUGCCAGAAGAGAUGAUCGAAUAUGCUCGAGCGGACACGCACUAUCUCCUCUACAUCUACGACUGCGUGCGGGCGCAGCUGUUGGAGUCGAACCACGGCCAGCCGGGCCUGUUGCAGUGCGUCUGGAACAAAAGCAAAGACGUUUCGCUGAAGAAAUACGUGAAGCCGAUCUUCACCGAGGAGUCGUAUUUAGAGCUGCAGAGGAAGCAGAAAAGGUCUUUUAACACCCAGCAGCUCACCACAUUCAGGCUGCUGUACGCCUGGAGAGACAAGCUGGCCAGGCAGGAAGAUGAAAGCACCGGAUACGUCCUUCCCACUCAUAUGAUGAUCAAAAUAUCCGAAGAGCUGCCCAAAGAGCCGCAGGGCAUCAUCGCCUGCUGUAACCCCGUCCCGCCGCUGGUGAGGCAGCAGGUCAACGAGCUCCACCUGUUGGUGCAGCAAGGCAGGGAAAUGCCGCUCCUGAAGGCUGAGAUGGCAGCUCAGAAGAAGAAAGGACUCACAACCAUCAAAAAGGCAGGAGUCCCGCUGUUUGGUCCACAUGAUACGUCCAGGGGCUCUGAGAGCAGCUACCCUCAGCUCAUUGCAGAUGAAGUCCCAGUGAAACAAGGAAUGCUGUUCUCAGAGGAGGAUAACAAAAUGGAUGUUGAUGAGCAGAAAAUAAGCUCCUUGUUGGCUCCAGCCAAAAUCUCCUUGUUUCAGGAGCUGGAAACUCCUGCUGGCCAAACAUCCCUCUCCGUAGCUCAGAUGAAAGCCAGGAGUAUCAUCGAGUCUUUUGAAAAUCCUUUCAGAAUGUAUCUGCCCUCCACCGGCGCGCACGUCAACAAAAACGCCAAGUUUGACCCGUCUUCAAAAAUAUUCGAGAUCAGCAAGAGAUGGAAACUGCAGAGUGCUGAGCAGCAGCAGAAAGAGGUGGAGGUCAAGAAGAAAUCAAAGGAAGAAGCAAAACAAAAAGCAAAGAAACUGUCAGAGGAAAGAAGCAAGGCUAAACAGAGCUACCAGGAGUCUCUGCGGAACAUCGUCCCUGUUCGCCAACAAGCAGCAGAUUCAAAAGAUGGUGGAAGGAAAAAAGCGAGGGGUGGCAGCGAGGUUGGAGAGAUGACUCCCAAACCGAGUAAGAAGCUGAUGAAAUCAGCGGAGAAAUCCCCAAAGACCAACCCUCCUUCUGAAGAAACCUUCAAGCCCUUUGAUUAUGCUCAGUCAGAUCUUAAAGUUUUUGAUGGCUCCAAAGCUAAGGACAACACGCAGUUUGAUCCAAAUCGACAAGCCCAGGAUUUUAGGAAAAAGAGAUUUCCUCAAGGACAAAAGAAGAACUCUUCAGGAAACAAAAGCAUGUCGUACAUGAAGGGCAAAUCAGAAAGAGGUUUGCGGCAUGCCUGGCCCAAGAGAUAGACUCUACAUCUUUCCUCAUCUUUUUAAAUCACCUGGAUUACAUGCAUCUUCCCUUCUUUCUUUUUUUUUUCCUUACCACAAGGGAAACCCAGUUGUUCAGAACUGAUCCAUUUUUGAAAGUGUUUUUUUUUUCCACCUCUGAUACUGCCCUGUAAAUAUGUGGAAGGACACAAGUCUUUAUUAAAGUUGGUUUUAACAGAAAACAGUCUGUGUUUUG